AUGCCUGAAUUCACCAUAUCCGAUGACGACUUGGCCCCAUUGAGUGGCAAAGUGGUGCUUCUAACAGGAUGUUCAAGUGGUAUCGGUCUAGCGACAGUGAAAGAGCUUCUCAAGGUCGGAGCAAAGGUCGUUGGUGGAGAUUUGUCUGAUAUGAAGUCUGCGGUUGACAGUCGCGAUUUUGAAUUUGUUCAAGUCAACGUGACUGACUGGAAGGCAUUAUGCAAUCUAUUCAAACACGCUAUAAGCAAAUUUGGGCACAUUGAUCAUGUGUUCGCGAACGCUGGUAUUGGCCCUCGGAUGAACUUGCUCUCAGAUGAGUUCGAUGAGGAUGGCGAGCUCAAACGGCCAAAUCAUAUCGUUUACGAUGUCAACCUUGCAGCCGUCGUUGACACCGUCAAGCUAGGAAUCUAUUAUAUUCGGAAAAAUCCCAGCGGAGGCAGCAUCGUAGUGACAGCGUCAGCCUCUUCGUACCAGCGGUAUCCCUGCUAUGACUAUGCUUCUGCAAAGCAUGGUGUGCAUGGUCUGGUUCGAGGGCUUUUUUCCGAGAUUGGACCCGAAACAGAUAUUCCUGUCCGGCUCAAUGGCAUCGCACCAGGCUGGACUAAUACUGGGCUUGUGAGUGAAAGCCUCUGUGCCAAAGCAGGGGUUCUAUCGCAGGGGCCAGAGAUUCCAGCACGAUCAGCCCUUAUUCUCAUGGCCGAGAGGUCCCGGCACGGAGAGAUAAUCCAUUCGUCCCAGGGAAAGUAUUUUGAGCUCGAAUCUCAUCUGCUUAGGGCCACUGAUGAUAUUCUGCAAAAAGCACCGACAGUUGAACCGGUGACAAGAUCACUUGCAGAUGACUAUCGAAAAAUACUGGCAGCGUUUCAAAAGGAACAGGAGGGCUAA